GAACGUUUUAUCUGUUGCUCUCUCUCGCGCAAGACUUUUGGGAGAUUUACUCUGGAAUAAUUGCCCAAAAACGCGACUCGCGAAUGUUUCUGGCACGCGGCACAAGUUCUCAACUAACUACACAAUUACUACAGCUUCGUCAAGCAUUUCGUCGCGCUUUUGUGGUCGGCAUGGCAGGACAAGGCUAUCAAAUCAACGAAAUCGAUGGGGAUCUAUUCUCGGCUCCCAAGACGCACUCGCUGGCCCAUUGCGUGGGCGCUGACUUGGCCAUGGGCGCAGGGAUAGCAGUGAAGUUCAAGGAGGUCUACGGCAAGGUCGAUGAGCUGCGUGCCCAGAAGGCGGCCAGCGGUGAUGUGGCUGUGCUCAAGGAUAAUGAUCGCUACAUAUACUAUCUGGUGACGAAGCCACAAAGCUGGGGAAAACCAACAUACGAGUCGCUGCAGUCAUCUCUGGAGCAGAUGCGCGAACACAUGCGCAAGAACAACGUUAAGCUGCUGGCCAUACCGCGCAUCGGUUGCGGUAUUGAUGGCUUGGAGUGGGACAAAGUCAGCGGCGUUCUGGAGUAUGUCUUCGGGCAGGAGCAGCUGGAGAUUGUCGUCUACAACUUUGUGCCUCCGCCAAGCAAUUAAGAAUCAAUUCUAGGCUAAGAUAUCAAAUAAAAGACGUAUACAUAUACAUAUACAUAUGUACAUAA